GUAGAACCUCAAUCAAAUUCUUUUUUUUGUUUUUCCCUUCCUUCCUUUCUCACGCAUCACCCACAUUCAGCACAGUCUUCCUUUCAUACUCCUCUCCACUCUUUCUCCUUCUUUCAUUCCUUCUUUCAUUCCAUUCAUACAUUCAACCAAUCAUGUCCUCUAUGCUCAAGAAAGCUGCUGUGGUCUCCAUCCCCACUGUCCGUCAGGCAUUACUCCGCUCCAACCCAGUUGUUGCCAAUGCUCUCCUCGCAAAGCGUUCCUACAACUCCAAGGGUGGUGUAGAGAUGACUGUCCGUGAUGCUCUGAACUCUGCUUUGGAAGAAGAGAUGAUUGCGGAUGAGAGGGUCUACCUGAUGGGAGAGGAAGUCGGUCAAUACAACGGAGCAUACAAGGUCUCAAAAGGUCUGUUGGACAAGUUUGGGCCUAAGCGUGUCGUUGACACCCCUAUCACAGAGUCCGGAUUCUGUGGUCUCGCUGUCGGAUCUGCAUUUGCUGGAUUGAAACCCGUUUGCGAAUUCAUGACUUGGAACUUUGCUAUGCAGGCUAUUGAUCAGAUUGUCAACUCUGCUGCCAAGACCCAUUACAUGUCUGCUGGUAAUGUUACUUGUCCUAUCACCUUCCGUGGCCCCAACGGUGCUGCUGCUGGCGUUGCUGCUCAGCAUUCACAGUGCUUUGCUGCCUGGUACGGAUCUGUCCCUGGUCUCAAGGUCGUCUCGCCCUGGAACUCGGAGGAUGCCAAGGGUUUGUUGAAGGCUGCUAUUCGUGACCCUAACCCCGUUGUAGUCUUGGAAAACGAACUCAUGUAUGGUGUAUCAUUCCCCAUGUCCGAGGCUGCUUUGUCCAAUGACUUUGUGUUAGAGAUUGGCAAGGCCAAGAUUGAGAAGGAGGGAUCCGACAUUACUAUUGUUGCACACUCUCGUGCAGUUGGAUUCGCACUUGAGGCAGCUCAUGCCUUGGAGAAGGAAGGCGUCUGCAAGGCUGAAGUGAUCAAUUUACGUUCCAUUCGCCCACUUGACAUUGACACCAUUAUCAAGUCAGUCAAGAAGACCAACCGUCUGGUUACUGUCGAGGGCGGUUGGCCUCAAUAUGGUGUUGGAUCAGAAAUCUGUGCUCAGAUCAUGGAAAGCGAAGCUUUUGACCACUUGGAUGCUCCUGUUGUUCGCGUCACCGGUGCAGAUGUUCCAACCCCAUACGCCCAGAACUUGGAGGCCUUUGCAUUCCCUGACACUGAUGUCAUUGCUCGUGUUGUCAAGCGUCAACUUAGCAAAAAGAUCGGCGCUUGAAUCAAAAGAUGAUUCAUAGCAAAGCAUCAAGAAGCAGCAUUAUUGAGUAGUAGUUGGUGUUAUAUAAUAGCCGUGGCAGUAUAGGGGUUGCCCAUUUUUCUUUUCACCUUGACAUUUUUUUUCCUUGUUCUCAUUAAAACUUCUCCAUAGAUUCAUCAUUAACCAACAACUUUAGUUAUUCAUAUUUGUUUAAUUUUGUAUUGCA